AUGUUUCCAGGAAAUCAACAUACCUAUAAUAGUGCUGACAAUGUUGUAAAUGAAGGAGUUGAUAAUAACAAUAUUUAUCUCAUGAAUUCCUCAAUUCACUUACUUUCAGUGGAAUUCCACUUGCAAAACUUAAUCUUAAGGUUGGUGCUUCUUAGAAAUCUUACACCAAAACAAGGUCUUUGUAAUGGUACUCGCUUAGCAAUCAUCAAUAUGACUGAUAAUGUUAUUGAAGCUCGAAUACUAUGUGGUGAUCAUGCUGGAGAAUUAACAUUUAUACCAAGAAGAAGACAGUUUCCUAUUGAUAUUGCUUUUGCAAUGACAAUUAACAAGGCACAAGGACAAUCAAUAGCAGAUUUUUCAUUACAUAUCUUAAUAAUCGAUACCACAAUGGAAGCAACAAACAAUGACAACAUUAUAAGAUCGGCAAGAGGGCGAAAACGUGUUCUAAAAUCAGAAUGA